AUUAUAGCCCUGUAGGCUACGCUGCUGAGUAAGAUAUUCAAAACAAUGGCUCCAUAGAUCAUUUAGUCAUCAUGAUGGGUAUAAAAGUGACAGAGUUUCCCUGGUUGAACUAUCAGUGGUAUCAGGGAUAGGAUUAAGCACCAAAAUGGGCAGAAUCAUCUUCUACGAGGACAAGAACUUCCAGGGUCGCUCCUAUGAGACCAGCAGCGACUGCCCAGAGCUCACCUCCUACCUGAGCCGCUGCAACUCCUGCAGGGUGGAGAGCGGCUGCUUCAUGGUCUAUGAGCGUCCCAACUUCAUGGGCCAACAGAUGCUGGCAAGGAGAGGAGAGUAUCCUGACAACCAACGGCUGAUGGGAAUGAGCAUGAGCGACUGCAUCCGCUCCUGCCGUAUGAUCCCCAUGCACAGGGGCCAGUUCAGGAUGAGGAUCUACGAGAGGGAGAACUUCGGAGGUCAGAUGAAUGAGCUGAUGGACGACUGCGACAACGUCCAGGAUCGUUUCCGCAUGUCCGAGUGCCAGUCCGCUCACGUGAUGGACGGCCACUGGCUGACCUACGAGCAGCCUCAGUACAGAGGCAGGAUGACAUACCUGAGGCCCGGCGAGUACAAGAGCAUGAGAGAUAUGGGAAUGGGUCCCAAUGACACGAGGAUCGGCUCCAUCCGUCGUAUCAUGGAAUCUUGCUAGGCAAGGACUCAAAAAAAUGUAAUAAUCAGACUUCAUCAAUGAUCUCUCUGAGGACAAUACCUUGGCUGCAAAUGUAUGAGAUGAACUGCAUUGAUUAUCACUUUUGACCUGCUCCUGUAUGUCAAAGGAACAUUUGAUCUGUAGUGAAUUUCAACCCCUGUAUCCAACAGACUUCUAUUUCCUCUCGCUAUGAAAUGUGUCAUGUCAUACAUGCGACAAUAAAAAUAAACUAUAAAAAUACGAAAA